UUACACUUACUCUCAUUGUAUCAAUCUAGAGAGAGAGAGAGAGAGAGAGAGAGAAAGAGAGAGAGAAUAAUGGGUUCUUCUCAUUUGCCUUGUUCUACUUCAAUGGCAGCUUUUCUGUUCAGUUUUUGUGUUGUGGCAUUGUUGACGCCGGAGUUUGUUUCCGGCAUAACAAGACACCACACUUUCAAUAUUAAGUAUCAUAAUGUGACUAGAUUGUGCAACACAAGGAGCAUUGUAAGUGUGAAUGAAAAAUUCCCAGGUCCUAGGUUGGUGGCAAGGGAGGGUGACCAAGUCCUCAUCAAAGUGGUCAAUCAUGUCUCAAACAAUGUCACCAUUCACUGGCAUGGGGUUAAACAACUUAGAAGUGGAUGGGCAGAUGGUCCAGCUUACGUUACCCAAUGCCCUAUACAGAUGGGCCAGUCAUACACAUAUAACUUUACCAUCCAAGGGCAGAGAGGGACUCUGCUAUGGCAUGCUCACGUCUCAUGGCUGAGAUCUACCAUCUAUGGACCUAUCAUCAUUCUCCCAAAGCGCAAUGAGUCUUACCCUUUUGUGAAACCCUACAAGGAGGUCCCCAUUCUUCUUGGAGAGUGGUUUAAUGUAGACCCUGAGGCUGUAAUUAAUCAGGCUCUUCAGACCGGUGGAGGACCUAAUGUUUCGGACGCAUUCACCAUUAACGGUCUUCCAGGCCCCUUGUACAACUGUUCAUCUAAAGAUGUAUUCAAGUUAAAGGUCAAACCAGGGAAGACAUACCUCCUCCGGUUGAUCAACGCCGCUCUCAAUGAUGAGCUAUUCUUUAGCAUAGCCAACCACACUCUCACGGUGGUUGAAGCCGAUGCUGUCUACACCAAACCCUUUGAAACCGAUACGCUUCUCAUCGCCCCAGGGCAAACCACAAACGUCCUCCUCAAAACCAAGCCCAAUUCUCCCAAUGCCACAUUCCUCAUCCUGGCAAGUCCUUACUUCACCGGGCGUGGAACCCUAGACAACACCACCACGGCUGGAAUCCUCGAAUAUGAGCACCCGAUAACCACUCUUCACACUUCCAUCAAAACCCUUCCUCUCUUCAAACCGAGUCUUCCACCUUUCAAUGCCACCAAGUUUGUCAAUGUUACCCAAUUCGUCCAAAACUUAGCCAAAAAAUUCCGUAGCUUGGCUUCCAAGAAAUUCCCCGCCAACGUUCCCCAAACCGUGGACAAAAAAUUCUUCUUUACCAUAGGUCUUGGAACAGCCCCUUGUCCCCAAAAUUCAACUUGCCAAGGUCCCAAUGGCCUGAAAUUUGCAGCGUCUGUUAACAAUUUCUCUUUUGCCCUUCCAUCAACAGCAAUGCUUCAAGCACAUUUUUCUGGACAAUCCAAUGGAGUUUACACCACAGAUUUUCCAGCCAAUCCUCUAGUGACAUUUAACUAUACCGGAACGCCGCCAAAUGUCACAAAUGUGGCAAAUGGCACGAAGGCAUUGGUGCUGCCAUUCAACACAAGUGUGGAGCUGGUACUGCAGGACACUAGCAUUCUUGGUGCCGAGAGCCACCCUCUCCAUUUACACGGUUUUAAUUUCUUUGUAGUUGGACAAGGGUUUGGGAACUACGAUCCUAACAAGGACCCUGCUAAGUUUAAUCUGGUGGACCCCAUCGAGAGGAACACGGCUGGUGUUCCGGCUGGUGGGUGGAUUGCGGUUCGUUUCUUAGCAGACAAUCCAGGGGUGUGGCUUAUGCACUGUCAUUUGGAUAUCCAUACAAGUUGGGGGCUGAGGAUGGCGUGGAUCGUCCAGGAUGGACCGCAAGCGAAUCAAAAGCUGCCACCUCCGCCGUCCGAUCUUCCGAAGUGUUGAUUUUGAGUCACAAUCUGUCCGGAUUUCCCUUUUUCUUGAGUGAACUUGUAAUGAUACCUCCCCCUUUUGGCAUUAACUUAAUAUUCAUUACAUGAUAAAUUAUGAUUAUAUUAUUUUGCUACAUUAACAUCUCCCGAGUCAUGAAAAGAAUAUUACGGAUUUUCUUUCUCCGGAGAGAUGUUUUGUGUACAUAAUUCGUGGUGUAUUUUUUUUGGAGUGAAAGUCUUCGUUCAUAUGGUUGAUGAAUGUAAAGUUUUACACCGGAAAUCAAACUGAAU